GUUAAACUAUUUGAGUCAUAUUGUAUUAUGUCAUAUGUAAAUAAGACAGAUGUUAAAUUAUAUACAAAUUACAGCUGCACAUGACUCAGUUUAAUGUCUCACUUAAACAUUGAAUGUGACGUAUAAAAAAUGUCCAAAUAUUAAAAAAGUAAAUUCUGUGGCGCUGUUUUCUGCUGAACCUUUGUUCAUUGUUUUAUUGUGUUGUGUGUCAGACCUAAAGUCUAUUAUUAAGACCACUCGGCUCUAAUGGAAUUAAAACAUCUCCAGAUGUGAAUGAUAAAACACAUGCUUCAGUCCCGGUUUGAGACAGUUGAAUCCCUUUUAGUUGAGCUCAGGUCAUGUUUUAUCAUUAAUGAAGAAUCAUGGCCUGUGGAUGGACUGUUUCCAAUGAAGGGGGGCAGUGGGAGCUGCUGUAGCUGAGGAAGAGGAGCAGCUACAGAUGCAAAACUGCACAUCCAGUAAAGACUCAUGGAAGCAAAGACUGGAGGUCAAAUAGAAUGAUUUGCCCCCGAUGGGAACAGCUGAAUGAUGAUGAAUGGCUAUUUCCACACCAGGAUGGAGGCUGCACUGUGAAAACCAUCAGCAGGUCCACGCUGUGUUUUCAUGGGCCAGCAGACCACCUCUGCACUGUAUGUGCCCAUGCACACGAGCCUACGUGCACGCCGGCCCUUGCCCUCUCUGCUGCAGCACUGCAUUACAUUAUUCUUGACCCUCCCUUCCUUCCUGUCUUGAUGUACCAGCAGAGAACGCCCAUGGGGGGGGGGGGGGUCAGAGGCCAAAGCAAAGGAAUCGCCCGAUCAUCAGCUUGAGACACUCGCUCACGCCCACAUUCCCAUAAAGUCCAGUGUAAACACGCUUUUUGUACAGUACAUGUCCCGCCUGCAUCACUCAGUCCGUAGCGUGGCUUUGGAGAGACAGCACGUCAGCAGCCGCUGAUCUGAGCCGGGACGCGAGUAGAGGAUGUUUGCUUCCAGAUGCCCGGCGGCAUCUCUGCUGCUCUGCCUGUUCAGCUCAGUUAAUUCAUCUCCUGUGCCUUUUUACACACCUGCUCCCCACCACCCAUUGCAAAUCUCACCGCCCGCUCCCUCUCCCACGCGCCUCCCAUCUCUACCUCCCCCUUCUCUCAGCCCUCACCCGUUCAGGGAGCCUGGAGAGUCCGCGGACGGAGGCCUCUGCCCUCUGACCCUGACCCCGUCCGCUCUGGUAGUCAGGUUUGGAGAUCCAGUUACAGUCAACUGCUCCGCGUCAACGCCAAACGUGCCUGGUGUGGGUUGGGUGGUGUCACUGGGAGGAGAGGAAAAACCUGAGUUCUCCAUGACUAGUUUCCUCGUCUGGGGAGUGAAAAGCUUGACGGACUGGAGCAUCACGCCUGUGUGCUUCACUCUGGUUGAACAGGGAGGACAGUGCCAACGUCAUCUCUCUCUCAUAAUCUACAAGCCUCCGUCCAGCGUGUCCAUGGCUGUUCUUAACCACUCUGGGCCGCUGUUGGAGGGCGGUCAGUACACUCUGCUGUGUACAGUACAUGAUGUGGCUCCUGUUCAGAACCUCGCUGUGACCUUCUACCGAGGACACACAGCCCUCGGUCGUGUACGAUCCAACGCCACCACAAAGACGCCCGUAACCGAGACCUUUAGUCUGGACAUCGUCCCGAGCAAAGAGGACGAUGGAGUCCAGUACUGGUGUGAAGCCAGGCUAGAACUGGGCCCUGCAGGACCACAGCGCCCUCCAGCUGUGGUCUCUCCAAAGCUCACGUCCACCGUCCACUUUGGCCCCCAGCUCACUUGUCCUGCAAAGCUGUGGGUGAAGGAGGGAGAGAGGCUGGGGUGCGAGGUGAGGGGGAAUCCUCCGCCGCUCGUCAACUGGUACAGAGACGGCGAGAACGUCACGCUGCCCACGCGCUCCAAGCGCUGGCACAGUGGGAGGUACACCGUGUGCGCGGAGGGGGUUCUAGGACACAAGGAGUUCACCGUGGAGGUGGAGGUGCUGCCCACUAACGGAAGCGCCGCCGGCUCCAGCAGAGGCUUCCUGCUGGGCGUCCUCCUCAUUCAGUUCACCCACUGGCUGUAAAAAGACAAUGCUGCUCCUCGUUGUCAUGAACUGUCCGACUGUGAGAAAUGUUCCCGAGUGCUUUUUAAAAUUAGCCUCUUUUUGUGCAUCUUCUCAUUUGAAGGGCUUCUGUCCAGGUACAUGUUUUACUGUUUUUUGCAACACUUCUUAACGAGUCUUUUUGUUCUGUAACCUGCACAAGUGCCCAGUCUCAUCUGUUCCAGAGCAACAGCUGAUCUGCUCUAACAACUAUACUAACAUAGCUGUUACUGUGAUACACCUUUUUCCUAAACCACUGUAAUAAAUGUCCUUUUAAUACAUGGAUUUAAAAGUGUAGUGCCUUACACAUUCCUACUAUAUCAGAAUAAAACUAUCAACAGGUUGUUAGUAAA